AUGCGUGAGAUCGUUCACCUCCAGACCGGCCAGUGUGGUAACCAAAUUGGUGCUGCUUUCUGGCAGACCAUCUCCGGUGAGCACGGCCUCGAUGGCUCCGGUGUUUACAAUGGUACCUCCGACCUCCAGCUCGAGCGUAUGAACGUCUACUUCAACGAGGCCAGCGGCAACAAGUACGUUCCUCGUGCCGUCCUUGUCGAUCUCGAGCCCGGUACCAUGGACGCUGUCCGUGCCGGUCCCUUCGGUCAGCUCUUCCGUCCCGACAACUUCGUCUUUGGCCAGUCCGGUGCUGGUAACAACUGGGCCAAGGGUCACUACACUGAGGGUGCUGAGCUCGUCGACAACGUCGUCGAUGUCGUCCGUCGCGAGGCUGAGGCUUGCGACUGCCUCCAGGGUUUCCAGAUCACUCACUCUCUUGGUGGUGGUACCGGUGCCGGUAUGGGUACCCUCCUGAUCUCCAAGAUCCGUGAGGAGUUCCCCGACCGCAUGAUGGCCACUUUCUCCGUUGUUCCCUCGCCCAAGGUCUCCGACACCGUUGUUGAGCCUUACAACGCCACCCUCUCCGUCCACCAGCUCGUUGAGCACUCCGAUGAGACCUUCUGUAUUGACAACGAGGCUCUGUACGACAUCUGCAUGCGCACCCUCAAGCUCUCCAACCCCUCUUACGGUGACCUGAACCACCUCGUCUCCGCCGUCAUGUCCGGUGUUACCACCUGCCUUCGUUUCCCUGGUCAGCUUAACUCUGACCUGCGCAAGCUGGCUGUUAACAUGGUUCCCUUCCCUCGUCUUCACUUCUUCAUGGUCGGCUUUGCUCCUCUGACCAGCCGUGGCGCCUACUCCUUCCGUGCCGUCUCCGUUCCUGAAUUGACCCAGCAGAUGUUCGACCCCAAGAACAUGAUGGCUGCUUCUGACUUCCGUAACGGCCGUUACCUCACCUGCUCUGCUAUCUUCCGUGGACGCGUCUCCAUGAAGGAGGUUGAGGACCAGAUGCGCAACAUCCAAAGCAAGAACCAGUCCUACUUCGUUGAGUGGAUCCCCAACAACAUCCAGACUGCUCUCUGCUCCAUUCCUCCCCGUGGCCUCAAGAUGUCCUCCACCUUUAUUGGAAACUCCACCUCCAUCCAGGAGCUCUUCAAGCGUGUCGGUGAUCAGUUCACUGCUAUGUUCCGUCGCAAGGCUUUCUUGCAUUGGUACACUGGUGAGGGUAUGGACGAGAUGGAGUUCACUGAGGCUGAGAGCAACAUGAACGAUCUCGUCUCCGAGUACCAGCAGUACCAGGACGCCUCCAUCUCCGAAGGCGAGGAGGAGUACGGCGAGGAGGAUAUCCUUGAGGGUGAGGAAUAA